GUUUUCACUGAGUCGCUAUUUCGCAAUCGCAUCAAUUCAAGUCGUAAUGUGGUGUCAAAUGUAAUCAUAGCUCCGCAAUUUGAUCGCAUAAACACGAAAAAUAUUCUGAAAUUGUUGAUUUUCCCAUUUAUUUCUUUAGCAAAUCGACUGGAAAGUGUUUUUACUAUAAGAAAUUAUAGCCUAACACCAAAAACCAGCGAAUUUACCGUGUUUUUUUUUUGCAUUAUUUUCUCUGAAAAUAUUGGCGAAAGAACCUCACAGACAAAUGGAUAAUCGGAAUGAAGCCGCUGAUCGGAAGCGACAACCAGAAGGAGCCAACCCACCGGCGAAUAAACAAUCUAAAACAUCCGAGACCGUGUCUGCAGACGUGCAACGUGCAUCCAACAAAACAGCCCAGCAGCCGACGAAGAUUCAUUACACAAGAUUGCGCCGGCGCAUGGAUGAGGAAGAGGAAGAAAAGCUGGCAAAGCUUGGUCCGGAUCCCAACCUUUGCACCACAAAGUUGACAGACGUCAAUGUUGAUUGCCUCGAGCACAUUUUCAAGAAUCUACGCCUUAUAGAUCUCUUGAAUGUUGCCGACUCCAACAAACAAUUGAAACCAGCAGCGGAUUUGGUAUUCGCGAGUCGUUAUGGGAAACAAUGGAUUUUUAUCCAUUCGAGAUACAAGUCCAUACUGAUCGAGCGGAACAUGUGUCCAACAACGGUUCAAAUUCCACGGUCAUUCCGAUUAAAGUUGCUCCGCUGCUUUGGACAUUUGAUCACAAAAUUGGACAUCACACAUGAUAAACAUAUGGAUGCUUAUGUCAACGAAUACUGUGCCGAUUCAUUGGUCGAAAUCAAAUUUCAACGCUGCAAAGCAAGCACACUGGACGAUCUGAAGAAGCCGUUCACCCAGGUUAAAACACUUUGUUUUGAUAGCUGCAAAUUGGGAAGCAAGCUGUCGGAACUCGAUAAAUGGUUCCCGGAAGUGCGUCGCUUGGAAUUUAACCAUCAAAACGAAUCAGAUUGUAACGAGACCGCUGUUUAUUUGCCGAAACUUCGGCAUUUGAGUCUGUUCCUUCCAGCUGAUGAAAAGAACCAUUUGAACAAGAAAUAUUUUGAGGAGCUCCUGCGUUUAAACCCAAACAUACGAACUCUGGACAUUGGCGGCCACUUUGAUGCCAAAUACCUUCAGAACGUUAGCAAAUAUCUACAGCGUCUGGAAAGCUUGAAAUUCUCUUCAAUUCAACACUUGUCGGAUAUUGGAAACGGUACCGUGCGUUUUCCAAAUGUGAAAAGGCUUCAUUUAUGGGGCACGGCAUUGGACUAUUCGUUGACUAAUUUCAUCAGCCAGCACAAAAAACUUACCAAGCUGACUUUUUCUUCGAUUGGACAUUGUGAAGAGGGUGCACUAUUGAAGAUUACUUCGCCAGCAUUAGUUGAAGUGGAUUUUGGUAAUUUCCAUUUUCCGUCUGAUGAAGUGGCUUCUUUUGUGGCUGAAUGCCCAUCGCUGAAGAAGCUAACAGUUGCAUUCGGUAACGAAAACGAUUACGAAGCUUUUCAGAAGUGGCUGGGCAAUGAAUGGCGUGAAAUAAAAAAGUACAGCUAUUACCAUAUCUGCAGAGUUACGAUUGAACGUUAAGUCAACUUCCUAAAAUCACAAAUACAUUUAACUUCAUGAAAUAAGUAGAAUCUAUUUUUGCUUAGCUAUGAGUCUGAAAGCUUAGGUGAACACAUUCUACUUUAAAUAUAAUAUCUAAACAGCAGCCAGUCACAUUUCCAUCCGAAAAACACAUCGAAUUUAAAAUUGAAUUAAUUAAGAAAAAAUAUAUUCAAAUAUAAAUAAAUCAUGUACUCUUGACAAGAGUCUCUUGUACUGGCUCUGAAUAGAUACAUCGUAAAAUUCGACGCCAAUUUCAACAUUACCACUAUUUCUGUUCAUUUUUGUUAAUCACAAUCCAGACUCAAACUGAAGUUUGUUCAAAAUAAACUCAUGACGAAAAAUGUAAAACAAUAAACGAAAAUAAUAUUUCAGUGAAAUAUCAUUUAAUCAAGGAAAUUCAAUCAUCACAAUCAUAUGAAAUAAAAAUUCGGAUCGAAUCGAUCAGUAAAAA